AUGUUUCUCGUGGUAUUAUCAUCAGAUUCUGAAACUUCGAAUGAUGGAAAUGAAAAUACGACAAUGCAAUCAACUUCAAUAAGUUCAAUAUCAGGAAUAUCUAAUGUGUCAUCAAACAGAAACAAUAAUCAAUCAAUAUCUCAUGUACAAAAUACAGAAGGGGAAAUAAUAAGUGAUAAAAGUGUAUCUAUAACGAAAUCUGAAAUCAAUGGAGCUAUAUUACGACGUAGAUCAUUAAAAAUACAGGAUGAAACUGGCAUUAUCAACGUUAUAAUAUGGAAUAAUAAAAAUGAAGAAAUUCCAGAAAAUGCAAUAAAUAAACAUAUACGUGUACGAAAUGGUAGAGUUAAUGUAUAUAAUGGUUCCAUUAAUGCAUCUGAUAGUCGUAAUCUUAUCAGAGCUUUUGACGAAUUUAAUACUUUUGCAUCAUCUUUCAGUCUUUACCGUACAGAUAAAGCAGCAUAUUAUCGAUCUGUUUUAAAUACUUUAUGGAAUGGUCCAUCAUGUUAUUUUAGACAACUAGUAAGAGGGGAUGUUAAAUGUGAAAAUCCCUGGUUAUCAAUUGUUGCAGCUGCUCAUCCUGGGACAAUUAUAAAUAUAUUGAAGGAAGAAAAUAAUCAAUUAGGAGGAGAUGGUUUAUUUGCUAGAUUUGUAUUUUCUGCUCGAAUUUCACCAGAAGAUGUUCAUAAGCGUCGUAAACGUGAAGCGGACAGUAUUACUGGAGAAUAUACACCAGAAUCUUAUGGGUAUCCAAGUCUUACUCAUAUUAUGUACUUCAUUUAUCUUAUGCAUCAUAAUGAAGUUUUAAAAUUAAAAAUUUCUGAAGCUGCAAAUGAAAUUCUUAUACGGACACAUAAUGAAUACAAUAAUACAGUAAUAGAUUUUCAAGGUUAUGAAGAUAUAAUUUGUACAUUGUUUUCUAAAUCACGUGAUCAUUUAUAUCGCAUUUGUGGUUUACUACAUUUAUUUCAUCAAGCAUGUGUUUAUGUUUUAAAAGCUAGACCACAAUUGGAAUAUUUAGUAUUUGAUGAUACUUCAGCAGAGUCAAUACAACAAAUAGUCAAGCUAGCGCAAGAAAAUAUAAAUGAUUAUUUAACUAUUUCAUCUGAUAUAGCUCAAACUGCUGUUGAACUUAUGAAGUUUUAUGUUGAGACAAAAAAACUUUUGUAUGGAUUUCCUUUAAACAAUCAUUCAUCCUCAGAAGAAACACAUAUUGGUCCUUCUGCAUCUCAAGAAAUAAAUAUAGAAAAACCAAAUGAACAAUUAAAUGAUUCAUUAUCUAAUAGUAAUAAUAGUAAUAAUAAUAAUGAUAAUAAUAAUGAUAAUAAUAAUGAUAAUAAUAGUGUUCUAACUAGUACUAGCAUUCUUAGUAAUAAUAGUAAAUUUUCAUCGUUACUUUCAUCACUUUGUCCUUUUGAUGGAGCAACUAUGGAUGCAAUUAUCGAAAAAAUAUUAUUUUAUCAUAAUCGAAUAAUAUCAAGUAAUCGAGUGGCACAGAUAUUACGCCGUCCUAAUGUUAAUAGUCAGAAUGUGAAAAAGGUUUUUAUAUUCUUGACUAAUUGUCAAAUGGGUACUUAUACAAUCGAAAAACAAAAGAAGGGUAAACCUCGAUCGUUAUUUAUUAAAGCUGAUCUUCCUGAAGAUAAAGAAUCAUUCAAAUAUAAAUCAAUGAUAGAAUUUUUAAGUGAUUUUCAUCUAACACCUGAUGAAUAUAUGAAACGUCUCCAAAAUAUUUCACAAACUUUGAUUGUCUCAACAAACAAUAUUGCAGCGGGAAGCAGUACCUCAACAACAAAUUAA